UCGGAGAGGAGCUGCUCCACAGCAGACGAAGUCGACUGUUCCUCCGGUGUCUCUGUGAAAUGGGAUGUAAUGAGUCCAGGUGCUGGUCUCGCUCCUGUCCAGACAAACAGAAGGAGGCCGUCAUCCUCAAACAAGGAGAUGAGAGGAAAGCCUUUCUGGAGGACGUGAAGGAGACUGAACGUCUCGUCGGUCCGGAGGAGACGGCAGCUGAUGUCUGCUCACUGGACCUUCCUCCGGUCGGGAAACAGAUCCUGGAUUUAGCUCAGAAGAUGUCGGAGGAUAUCGUUGCUCAGGCGCUGCAGCUCUGCUGGGAGGUGGAGAUCCGAUACAAGGACCUGCCUUUCAUUGACAACGAGUGUGAUUAUGUCAUAUGACAAAAUGAAGGGAAGUUUUCCACUGAACCAGGAGCUAAUAUGUGUUUUAGCUGCUGUUCACAUCCUGCUGUCUGAUCCUGUGGUGCUGGAGGAAUGUGGCUUCUCUUCAGUCUCUGUCUGCAACAUGUCAUCACCUCACAACACUGCAACACGCCUCAGUCUGUGGCAGCCACCACAAUAGUUCACAGCAGAACUUUCCCACAGUUAAAGAGUAUUUUACAGUAAAAACUGGAGUCAUCUUGUUUGUGUCUGCAGCAAAACUGAAGCUGAAAAUGUUAUUAAUGAAAUCAUAAGAUUCGAUGCUCACUCAUUUACUUAAAAGAAACAGGAGGAAACAGUGCAUUUGUCGGGGACUAUUUUCAGCGGCGGAUUAAUCCACAUUUGCCGCUCUUUGAGUAUUUGGUGGCAGCAGGACGGUGUGUGUUCAUGAUGAAGGAACGUGUGUCACAGUGUAACAGUUCCCUCCUGCUGCCACUUGGUGUCACCAGUGAUUAUUUUUUCUUCUAAAUCUGGUUUCUGAACGAAUCAAGUUCCCACACAGGAGAAUUCAAUGCAUUGUUCUGGUCAAUGCAAUGAAUUCUCCACUAAUAAAACCUGAGGAGAAUCAGGGGCAGGCAUCGCAGAGAUGAAUCAUGUUGCACGGUGUCUCUGUCAGAAGCGACAGCACCGAUCAUUUCCUGUGAGAACGUGACGUGUGUCAGACACCUGUUGGACAGGACGACCCCGUCGCUCGUCAUGUUUACCCUGCAGAGUUUGUGUGGACAUGAAAACAGGAGAGGAGGCUGGUCGGGGUUAAGUCAAUGUUUUCCCGCUCGGCCUUUCACGUGUGUUUUGGCAGCAGAGGAGGAAGAAGAGGACGGAUUCAACUUUACUUUGCUCACACAGAGAGAAACAUGCAGGAACUGCCUCACUGGAGACACUCG